CGUAGUCGGAUGCACACCGGCUUACGGUGCGAGGGGUUCUGGGUUCGAGUCCCGGGUAAGGCAUGGGUGUUAAUUUACAGUAAAAGAUUUGAUUGCUACGAUAUGAUAAAGAUUGUAAUGAUUUAGUUCUGGUUGUGGGCGAAAGCCGUUAACCAUACAAACAACUAAAAAAAAAAAAAAAAAAAAUGGUAAUGUAUCUUUCUGUUAACGUCUUUGUAAUUUGGGGAAAUUUUGAAAGAGGUAUGAGAGAAUUUUGUUUCGGAAAUCUUGGCGAAAUUGAUUUUAAAAGAUAAUUAAAAAAAGUUUGUUGUCAUCCUGGCUCCUGGUUAUGUUUUGGAAUGUUAAUGAUGUAUUAGAAGGAUUUUAGCUUUCAAGGUAGACAGGGCGCCUUCUUUGAUCGAGGUUGUGGUAACUUCAUUGGAAUACAAUACUUGGAGUUGCAGAAAAUUUUGACGAUGCAGGUGGAGAUACUGAGUACACAAGGAUCAAAGUCCCUUGCGACUUUGAAGAAUGUGCUGCCGUCGACCAGCGUGCGAGAGCUGAAGGCGCGGCUGCACGCGGAGUGCAAGCGGCUGCCCCCCUGCCGGCAGUCGCUCAGGCUGGAGCCCAAGGGCAAGUCCCUCGGGGACGACGACACCCUCAGCUCGCUAAACGUGCGGGCAGACUGCCGCCUCUACGUCAAGGACCUGGGUCCGCAGAUCGGCUGGAAGACUGUGUUCCUCGCGGAGUACGCGGGUCCGCUCUUUGUGUACCUGUGGCUGUACCAGCGCCCCUGGCUCUUCUACGGAGAGGGGGCCAACACCGUACCUCCCCACCAGGUCGUACAUAUUGCGGCAGUGUGUUGGGCGGUGCACUAUGCCAAGCGGUUACUGGAAACACUGUUUGUGCACCGGUUCUCCCACGCAACCAUGCCUCUCUUCAACCUGUUCAAGAACUGUAGUUACUACUGGCUCUUCACGGCCUAUGUGGCCUACCAUGUCAACCACCCCUUGUACACCCCUCCCCGCACCAUGCAGAUAUACUGCGGCCUGGCCGGCUUCAUUCUGUGCGAGUUGGGCAACCUGAGCAUCCACGUGACCCUGCGCAACCUGCGGCCGGCAGGCACCUCGGUCCGCAAGGUCCCGGUCGCCACCUCCAACCCCUUCACCUCUCUUUUCAACUGGGUGUCGUGCCCCAACUACACCUAUGAGGUGGGGAGCUGGCUGUCCUUCACCAUCAUGACCCAGUGCUUGCCAGCGGGACUGUUCACCCUGGCGGGAUUGUAUCAGAUGGCUGUGUGGGCCCUGGGAAAGCACAGGGCGUAUAAGAAGGAGUUCCCCAACUACCCCCGCAACAGGAAAGCUAUCUUGCCCUUCAUCCUCUAAGGAAAAUUGCUUUUUCCACAUGGUGUUGGCUGGUUUUGGAUGGUUUGGGUCCACCAAAAAAUGAUGUGCAUUAGGUAUAUGCAUAAGGUAACAAGAAUUUAUGUAAAUUUGGUGCCAUCAGUUGAAGUGGCAAAUGUAGGAAUGAUUUUCACAAUGAACAUUUCUUGUUAAUAAUGAUAUCAUUUUCUGUGAUAUUGCUCAUGUUUUGUUCGAUUAUUUAUCAUUGUCAAUUGUGCUGCGCUUUAGUUUCAGUAAGUACUCAUGUAUUUUCAAGGGGGAGAGUCUUUGGCAUAGUCAUUUUAAAGUGUUCAAAUUUUAAUAUAGCAAAAUACAAUAAAUCCCUGUUAAGAAGUUUCUAAAGACAAUAAGAAAUUGACUUAUUAACAGAGAAAUUUUGUUAAAAGGGUAUUUAUUGGUCUAGUAUACAUUUUUAACCUUUUAUGCAGGAAAUUUUCCUAAGGGGUUUUUACUGUAGUUAGAACACUAUUUAAAAGGUUUAGGAAAAAUUAAUGUGGAUACUUUAAUGCAGCACGUUUGUACUACUAAUUCCAAACUAAAGCUGUGCUGAUACACAGUUUUCGGCAGAUAUACUGUUAUGACAUUUGCAGAAAUUCGAAUUUUUUCCUGGUACAGAAGAAAUAUACCAUUUGAUAUAAUAAAAGUAACCAAACUAUGUUUCUAUGUGUAUAAUGUACAACAAAUAUUAACAGAAAACUUAACUGUACAAGUUUUUAUUGAACAAAAACCAUAAUAUAAUUUUUUUUCUGGAGAUAUGUGCUAUAAAAAUUGUGAUGUGAAUUAAAACAUUUCCCUCACAAAUGUAAAAAAAUAUUUUUGACAAAAAGUCAGAGGAAACUAUUCUAUUUUAAUAUUUUUUUCUUCAUCUGAAUACAUGUAUUUAUUUUUUAGAAACUAAAACUCUACACCAACUGGAUGUUGUGAUGCACGGGGAGGGAAAGAAAUGCUUACUACAUCAUUUAAAGACACGUAAAGAAGCUCCCUGGUUUCAUGAACAGGAAGCAGCUACUCUUUAUUUCUAAUCUUUGAAAUCAACAAAGAAUAACAGGGGGUAAAACCACUCACUAAACGGUAGUAAAGACAAAGUCUGCCUCACAUAAACAUUGUAGCAACAUAGUGGUAAAUGUUAGAGUUGAUCUCAUGAACAGUGCAUCAUUUGUUCAAAUUCCACAGUGGUAUUUAUGCAUUUGCUUGUGUUUUAUCUGUUUGUUCAGUAAUAAAUAAAUGCUUUCCAUUAUUGUAAUUUAAGCUUUAACAUGGUUCAUCAAUAUAGUAAUUACUGUCUGUUUGAUAGAAUGUGUGUGUCCUAUAUUACUAAAAAUAAAAUGGUUAAACCUGCAUUUCUUAGCUUCUAGUAAUAAGCUCUUGUUCUAGCUAUUGGUAGUUAACAUAAUUGUUUUGGUCCUGCAUCAGGACAUUGUUUUAUUUAUGGCAAGUAGCUUGAAAAUAGAAACAAAGUUUCCAGUGCUAGGAUGUUGUGUGGAUGUUUCAUCUAGCAUCUUUCAUAUUCAGUGUAUUAAACAUGUAAAAUGCACAUUGAUAUUUCUACAUGCAGCAUGGCUUUAUGCUUGUUUGAUAGAACAUAGAUUGAACUACAAGAGUGAAAUGGUGCAAUGAGAAAAAUAAUUCACCACCUCAAACCAAAAAUUUGGAUAGUGUACUGUGAGCUAGAUCUUUUCAUGAGUAGCAAGUCUCCCCUUCAGCCCUAUGAUAGUGAUGACUGAUGAGCAAGCGUGGCUUGAGUAUAAACUCUUGUUGUCAAUUACUGUAGUGUUAAUGUUUGGUGAUCAAAUAAAACUGUGUUCAUAUUUCCUGUAAA